GUUGUUUUUUCCUAGUUACUGACAACUGGAAUUAACUUCCGCUAAUUCCAGUUAGCUUUUGUUCUGACAGAGGAUCCGUUUCUGUCACAGUUUACCCCCUACACACGUUGAAAUGGCUGAAGUUGAAGAAACUCUGAAGAGGAUCCAGAGUCAGAAGGGAGUUCAGGGAAUCAUCAUUGUUAACUCUGAAGGAAUUCCCGUCAAGUCGACCCUGGACAACCAGAGCACAGUGCAGUACUCGGCCUUGAUCCACCAGCUGGUGAUGAAGGCCAGAAGCACGCUGAGAGACAUCGACCCGCAGAACGAUCUCACCUUCCUGCGGGUUCGCUCCAAGAAGAACGAGAUCAUGAUCGCUCCAGAUAAAGACUAUUUCCUGAUCGUCAUCCAGAACCCUUCAGCCUGAAGCUGCUGCUGCUCCUCUCCUCUUCAUCUCCUGUCUGAAUUUAAACGGCCAAACUGUUUUCUGUUUGCUUUGCUGAAAGAGAAGACCCCAGUGUUGGUUCUGCAAGGACAAGAACUGAUGAAGGAUGAAACUGAACCGAUCGGGGAUCCGUCUGAUGUGAGAUGGUCCAGAUCUCUACUUCCUUUUUUGAUCAUUCCAGAUCGCUCGUCUCUUAGUUUUCUAAGUUCUCUGCUGUUGUCUUUGUGUUGAUUUCACAUAUGAAGACGUGCACAACGUAGGAAACAUAAGUUUGGACCAGAACGUCUAGAACUCCAGAGGUUCAGUUUGAUGCAAACUUUGGGUUAUUUAUUGUUCUGUCCCAGAAACAUGUUGAAGUAUUAAACAUGUGAGCUGCACUA